CUGGACAUUCCUGCGUUAAAAAAUCUAUUUUUAUUGAUCUGAUAUCAUAACUUCAUUUUUUUCUGAUUUUUCUUUAGUUCUGAGGCAGAAUCAUUAAAAUAACCAUAAUUUAAAUGUUGGUAUUUGUGGAAUGAACCAAUAGGAUUAAAGAGUUUCACUUUCUGAGUUGAAUUAAUCAACCUUUAAUCUGUAACCUGAUUCAGGCUCUCCGGUGCAGGGCGGUGUGUAAACCGAGCGCACCUUCCGCUGCAGUCUGAUCCGCGCUGUGGGCGGGGGGAGGAAGAGGAGGAGGAGGAGGAUUGGUGGAUUUGAGCUCAGUGCUGCUGCUGCCGUGUUUUCUCUCCGAGCUGCCAGCAGUCCUCCAGGCCGCCCGUCCUUCACUCCCAGCCGGACUCCAGAGCGCUUCAGUCGGCCACCAGGUUUCCUCCAGUCGUCCCGGCUGGCCAAUCACAGCCGCUCUCAGAGGGUCCCACUGAUCCCAGCAGCAGGUAACCGGUGGGCGGAGCAGCGAGCGGCGGUGGGGCCGGAGUCACGGCGAGGUCAUCAUGACGUCGGUGGCGGCGGAGUUCGACCACAUGGAGAUCCAGCAGCAGUACAGCGAAGGCGUCAACAACCGCUGGGACGCCGACGACUGGGACAACGAGAACAGCUCGGCCCGCCUCUUUGAACGCUCACGCAUCAAGGCGCUGGCAGAUGAGCGUGAGGCGGUGCAGAAGAAGACCUUCACUAAGUGGGUGAACUCCCACCUGUCCAGGGUGUCGUGUCGGAUCACUGACCUGUACAUGGACCUGCGUGACGGCCGGAUGCUCAUCAAGCUGCUGGAGGUUCUGUCUGGAGAGAGGCUGCCCAAACCCACCAAGGGCCGCAUGCGGAUCCACUGCCUGGAGAACGUGGACAAGGCCCUGCAGUUCCUGAAGGAGCAGCGGGUCCACCUGGAGAACAUGGGCUCCCACGACAUCGUGGACGGAAACCACCGCCUCACGCUGGGCCUCAUCUGGACCAUCAUCCUGCGCUUCCAGAUCCAGGACAUCAGUGUGGAGACGGAGGACAACAAGGAGAAGAAGUCGGCUAAAGACGCUCUGCUGCUCUGGUGCCAGAUGAAGACUGCAGGGUAUCCAAACGUCAACAUCCACAACUUCACCACCAGCUGGAGAGACGGGAUGGCCUUCAACGCCCUCAUCCACAAACACAGACCUGAUCUGAUCGACUUUGAUAAGCUGAAGAAGUCCAACGCUCACUACAACCUGCAGAACGCCUUCAACCUGGCAGAGCAACACCUGGGGCUGACCAAGCUGCUGGACCCGGAAGACAUCAGCGUUGAACAUCCUGAUGAGAAAUCCAUCAUCACCUACGUCGUCACUUAUUACCACUACUUCUCCAAGAUGAAGGCGCUGAAGGUGGAGGGCAAGAGGAUCGGCAAGGUUCUGGACAACGCCAUCGAGACAGAGAAGAUGAUCGAGAAGUACGAGUCUCUGGCGUCGGACCUGCUGGAGUGGAUCGAGCAGACCAUCAUCAUCCUCAACAACAGGAAGUUCGCCAACUCGCUGGUGGGCGUCCAGCAGCAGCUGCAGGCCUUCAACACGUACCGCACCGUGGAGAAACCGCCCAAGUUCACAGAGAAGGGGAACCUGGAGGUUCUGCUCUUCACCAUCCAGAGUAAGAUGAGAGCCAACAACCAGAAGGUUUUCACGCCGCGCGAAGGAAAGCUCAUCUCCGACAUCAACAAGGCCUGGGAGCGCCUGGAGAAGGCGGAGCAUGAGCGGGAGCUGGCCCUGAGGACGGAGCUGAUCCGCCAGGAGAAGCUGGAGCAGCUGGCCAGACGCUUCGACCGCAAGGCCGCCAUGAGGGAGACGUGGCUGAGCGAGAACCAGAGGCUGGUCUCACAGGAUAACUUUGGAUUCGACCUGCAGGCCGUGGAGGCGGCCACUAAGAAGCAUGAAGCCAUAGAGACGGACAUCGCGGCGUACGAGGAGCGCGUUCAGGCGGUGGUUGCCGUGGCGAGGGAGCUGGAGGCGGAGAGUUACCAUGACAUCAAGCGCAUCACGGCCAGGAAGGACAACGUGAUCCGGCUGUGGGAAUACCUGCUGGAGCUGCUGAAGGCCCGGCGCCACCGGCUGGAGCUCAACCUGGGCCUGCAGAGGGUUUUCCAGGAGAUGCUCUACAUCAUGGACUGGAUGGACGAGAUGAAGAUGCUGCUGCUGUCCCAGGACUACGGGAAGCACCUGCUGGGUGUGGAGGAUCUGCUGCAGAAACACGCUCUGGUGGAGGCCGACAUCUCCAUCCAGGCCGACCGCGUCCGCAACGUCAACAGAAACGCCCAGAAGUUUGCCAGCGACACCGACGGCUACAAGCCCUGCGACCCGCAGGUCAUCCGGGACCGCGUGGCGCACAUGGAGUUCUGCUACCAGGAGCUGAACCAGCUGGCGGCGGAGCGGCGCGCCCGCCUGGAGGAAUCCCGCCGCCUCUGGAAGUUCUUCUGGGAGAUGGCUGAGGAGGAGGGCUGGAUUCGUGAGAAGGAGCAGAUUCUGUCAUUGGAGGAUCAUGGGAAGGAUCUGACGGGAACGGUGCGGCUGCUGAGUCAGCACAAAGCCUUCGAGGACGAGAUGAGCGGCCGCGCCGCCCACCUGCAGCAGACCGUCAGGCAGGGCCAGCAGCUGGUGGACGACAACCACUUUGGAGCCGAGAAGAUCAAGGAGCGCAUUCAGGACAUCCAGGAUCAGUGGGCGACUCUGGAGCGCCUGUCUGCCGUACGGAAAACCCGCCUGCAGGAGGCCUGCAACCUGCACCAGUUCCAGGCUGAUGCUGACGACAUCGACACCUGGAUGCUGGAUGUCCUGCGCAUCGUCUCCAGCGAGGACGUCGGCCAUGAUGAGUUCUCGGCGCAGGCUCUGGUGAAGAAGCACAAAGACGUGGCGGAGGAGAUCAGCAGCUACCGGCCCGUCAUCGAGGCGCUGCACGAGCAGGCGCAGACGCUGCCGCCGCAGAAGGCCGGCUCCCAGGAGGUCCAGGCCCGGCUGGCCGGCAUCGAGGAGCGGUACGCGGAGGUGGCGGAGCUGACCCGGCUCAGGAAGCAGGCGCUGCAGGACGCGCUGGCGCUCUACAAGAUGCUGAGCGAGGCCAGCGCCUGCGAGCUGUGGGUCGACGAGAAGGAGCAGUGGCUCAACGGCAUGGACAUCCCGGAGAAGCUGGAGGACCUGGAGGUGGUCCAGCACCGGUUCGAGAGUCUGGAGCCGGAGAUGAACAGCCAGGCGUCCCGCGUCGCCGUGGUGAACCAGGUGGCCCGGCAGCUGGUCCACAGCGGGCACCCCGGGGAGACCGAGAUCCGGGCCCAGCAGGACAAGCUCAACACCAGGUGGAGCCAGUUCAGAGACCUGGUGGACCAGAAGAAGGAGAACCUGAACUCGGCGCUGGGCGUCCAGAACUACCACCUGGAGUGCAACGAGACCAAGUCCUGGAUCAAGGAGAAGACCAAGGUGAUCGAGUCGACCCAGGAGCUGGGCAACGACCUGGCCGGGGUCAUGGCGCUGCAGAGGAAGCUGACCGGCAUGGAGCGCGACCUGGCGGCCAUCGAGGACAAGCUGGCCGACCUGGACAAGGAGGCGGAGCGCCUGGGGAGCGAACACCCGGAGCAGGCCGGCGCCAUCAGGGGCCGGCUGGCCGAGAUCACCGCCGUCUGGGACGACAUGAAGGGGACGCUGAAGAACCGCGAGGAGUCCCUGGGCGAGGCCAGCAAGCUGCAGCAGUUCCUGCGGGAGCUGGACGACUUCCAGUCGUGGCUGUCCCGCACGCAGACGGUCAUCGCCUCGGAGGACAUGCCCAACACGCUGGCCGAGGCCGAGAAGCUGCUGGCCCAGCACGAGAACAUCAAGAACGAGAUCCGCAACUACGAGGAGGACUACCAGAAGAUGAGGGACAUGGGGGACAUGGUGACGCAGGGCCAGACGGACGCCCAGUACAUGUUCCUGCGGCAGCGGCUGCAGGCGCUCGACACCGGCUGGAACGAGCUGCACAAGAUGUGGGAGAACCGGCAGAGCCUGCUGUCCCAGUCCCACGCCUACCAGCUGUUCCUGAGGGACACCAAGCAGGUCGAGGCCUUCCUCAACAACCAGGAGUACGUCCUGGCCCACACUGAGAUGCCCACCACCCUGGAGGGCGCCGAGGCCGCCAUCAAGAAGCAGGAGGACUUCAUGACCACCAUGGACGCCAACGAGGAAAAGAUCAGCGGCGUGGUUGACACCGGGCGCCGCCUGGUCGCCGAUGGCAACAUCAACAGCGAGCGCAUCCAGGAGAAGGUGGACUCCAUCGACCAGAGACACAAGAAGAACCGGCAGGCGGCCAAAGAUCUGCUGAGCAAGCUGAAGGACAACCGGGACCUGCAGAAGUUCCUGCAGGACUGCCAAGAGCUGUCCCUGUGGAUCAACGAGAAGAUGCUGACGGCUCAGGACAUGACGUACGACGAGGCCAGGAACCUGCACAGCAAGUGGCUGAAGCACCAGGCCUUCAUGGCCGAGCUGCAGUCCAACAAGGAGUGGCUGGACAAGAUCGAAAAGGACGGCCAGGCGCUGACGGCAGAGAAGCCAGAGACGGAGGCCAUGGUGAAGGAGAAGCUGGCGUCCCUGAAGGUCAUGUGGGACGACCUUGAGUCGACCACCCAGACCAAGGCCAAGUGUCUGUUUGACGCCAACAAGGCCGAGCUUUUCACCCAGAGCUGCGCCGACCUGGACAAGUGGCUGACCGGCAUGGACAGCCAGCUGCAGUCUGACGACUUCGGCAAAGACCUGACCUCCGUCAACAUCAUGCUGAAGAAGCAGCAGAUGCUGGAGAGCCAGGUGGAGGUGCGUCAGAAGGAGGUGGAGGAGCUGCAGAAGCAGUCGCAGGCGCUGAGCCAGGAGGGGAAAGGUUCUGACGAGGCGGACGGGAAGCGCAUCAGCGUGGAGAACAAGUUCCAGGCGCUGCUGGCGCCGCUCAAGAUGAGGCGCGACAACCUGAUGGCGUCCCGCGAGAUCCACCAGUUCAACAGAGACGUGGAGGACGAGAUCCUGUGGGUGGAGGAGCGGCUGCCUCUGGCCACGUCCACUGACCACGGACACAACCUGCAGACGGUGCAGCUGCUCAUCAAGAAGAACCAGACGCUGCAGAAGGAGAUCCAGGGCCACCAGCCUCGUUAUGACGACAUCUUUGAGCGCAGCCAGCAGGUCCUGCGGGCCGGCAGCCCCACGGCCGAGCCGAUCCGGCAGAGGCUCACGGAGCUGCAGGCGCUGUGGGAGCGGAUCCGGAAGGAGACGGAGAACCGGCAUUCCCGCCUCGGCGAGGCCCACGAGGCCCAGCAGUACUACUUUGACGCUGCGGAGGCCGAGGCCUGGAUGAGCGAGCAGGAGCUGUACAUGAUGUCUGAGGAGAAGGCCAAGGAUGAGCAGAGCUCGGUGGCCAUGCUGAAGAAGCAUCAGAUCCUGGAGCAGGCGGUGGAGGAUUACGCCGACGCCGUCCAUCAGCUGUCCAGCACCAGCCGGGGCCUGGUGGCCGCAGGACACCCCGACAGCGAGCGCAUCGGCAUGCGGCAGUCGCAGGUGGACAAGCUGUACGCGGGGCUGAAGGACCUGGCGGAGGAGCGGCGCGGGAAGCUGGACGAGCGUUUCCGUCUGUUCCAGCUGAACCGGGAGGUGGACGACCUGGAGCAGUGGAUCGCCGAGAGGGAGGUGGUGGCCGGGUCGCACGAGCUGGGCCAGGACUACGAGCACGUCACGAUGCUGCAGGAACGUUUCCGAGAGUUCGCCCGCGACACGGGGAACAUCGGCCAGGAGCGCGUCGACGGCGUUAACAAGCUGGCGGACGAGCUGAUCAACGCGGGCCACGGCGACGCGGCCACCAUCGCCGAGUGGAAGGACGGGCUGAACGAGGCCUGGGCCGACCUGCUGGAGCUCAUCGACACGCGCACGCAGAUCCUGGCCGCCUCCUACGAGCUGCACAAGUUCUACCACGACGCCAAGGAGAUCCUGCACCGCAUCCUGGACAAACACAAGAAGCUGCCGGAGGAGCUGGGCCGCGACCAGAACACCGUGGAGACUCUGCAGAGGAUGCACACCACCUUCGAGCACGACAUCCAGGCGCUGGGCACGCAGGUCCGGCAGCUGCAGGAAGACGCCGUCCGUCUGCAGUCGGCGUACGCCGGAGAUAAAGCCGACGACAUCCAGAAGAGAGAAGGAGAGGUGCUGGAGGCCUGGAAGAGCCUCCUGGAGGCGGCGGAGGCCCGGCGCUCCAAGCUGCUGGACACGGCCGACAAGUUCCGGUUCUUCAGCAUGGUGCGGGACCUGAUGCUGUGGAUGGACGACGUCAUCCGGCUCAUCGAGGCCCAGGAGAAGCCCAGGGACGUGUCGUCGGUGGAGCUGCUGAUGAACAACCACCAGGGCAUCAAGGCGGAGAUCGACGCCCGCAACGACAGCUUCACGGCCUGCAUCGAGCUGGGCAAGGCGCUGCUGGCCCGGAAGCACUACGCUGCAGAGGAGAUUAAGGAGAAGUUGCUCCAGCUGACGGACAAGAGGAAAGAGAUGAUCGAUAAGUGGGAGGACCGCUGGGAGUGGCUGAGGCUGGUGCUGGAGGUGCACCAGUUCUCGCGGGACGCGGGCGUGGCCGAGGCGUGGCUGCUGGGCCAGGAGCCGUACCUGUCCAGCCGGGAGAUGGGCCAGAGCGUGGACGAGGUGGAGAAGCUCAUCAAGCGCCACGAGGCCUUCGAGAAGUCCGCCGCCACCUGGGAGGAGCGCUUCGCCGCGCUGGAGAGGCUGACCACGAUGGAGUUACUGGAAGUGAGAAGAAGGCAAGAGGAAGAGGAGAGGAAGAGGCAGCCGGCAGAGGCUGCUGAGGCUGCAGCCCAGAGCAGGUGAGGAGGAGGACUGGGAGGGAAACUGGGAGGACUGGGAG